AUGUUAGAAGGUCCCAUUCCAGAUGGAUUUGGGAAAGUAAUGAACUCUCUUGAAGUUCUUGAGCUCUACGGUAACAAACUGCAAGGCAAGAUUCCAUCUUUCUUUGGUAACAUGUGUGCAUUGCAGAGUUUAUACCUCUCAAAUAACAAGUUGAACGGGGAAUUCUCUAGCUUCUUCCGAAAUUCUUCAUGGUGCAACAGACACAUAUUUAGGAUGUUGCGUUUAUCUUAUAACCGGUUGACUGGCAUGUUACCUAAAAGCAUUGGAUUGCUAUCAGAGUUGGAGUAUCUUAACUUGGCUGGGAAUUCUUUGGAGGGUGACGUCACUGAAUCCCAUCUUUCUAAUUUUUCCAAAUUAAAAUACUUGCGCCUAUCAGAGUUGUCUCUGAAAUUUGUCCCGAGUUGGGUUCCUCCAUUCCAAUUAAUACAGUUGGGACUCCGUUCUUGCGAGUUGGGCCCCACUUUUCCUAGUUGGCUCAAGACUCAAAGUUCGUUGUAUGAGCUUGAUAUUUCUGAUAACGGGAUUAAUGACUCUGUACCAGACUGGUUUUGGAAUAAGUUGCAAAAUAUGAUAUUAUUAAAUAUGUCUCACAAUUAUCUCAUUAGUGCAAUUCCUAAUAUAUCAUUGAAGCUUCCUAACAGACCGUCUAUACUUCUGAAUUCCAAUCAGUUUGAGGGUAAAAUUCCGUCAUUUUUACUACAAGCUUCCGAGCUGAUGCUCUCUGAAAAUAAUUUUUCAGAUUUGUUUUCAUUCUUAUGUGACCAAGGCACAGCUUCAAAUUUGGGCACUUUAGAUGUGUCACACAAUCAAAUAAAGCGGCAACUGCCAGAUUGUUGGAAAUCAGUAAAGCAAUUACUGUUCCUUGAUUUAAGCAGCAAUAAAUUGUCAGGGAAGAUUCCUAUGUCCAUGGGCGCCCUUGUUAAUAUGGAAGCCUUGGUUUUACGAAACAAUAGUUUGAUGGGUGAGUUGCCUUCUUCUUUGAAGAAUUGCAGCAGUUUAUUUAUGCUGGACCUGAGUGAAAAUAUGUUGUCGGGUCCAAUACCAUCAUGGAUUGGAGAAAGUAUGCAUCAAUUGAUAAUCCUGAACAUGCGAGGAAAUCACCUCUCCGGAAAUCUACCCAUUCAUCUCUGUUAUUUGAAGCGUAUUCAAUUGUUGGAUCUUUCAAGGAAUAACUUGUCAAGAGGAAUUCCAACAUGCUUAAAGAAUUGGACUGCAAUGUCUGAACUGAGCAUCAACUCAAGUGACACUCUGUCUCAUAUAUAUUGGAAUAAUAACACUUACUUUGAAAUUUAUGGUCUUUACUCAUUCGGAGGUUAUACGCUUGACAUAACAUGGAUGUGGAAAGGUGUGGAACGGGGGUUCAAGAAUCCAGAGUUAGAGCUCAAGAGCAUUGAUCUUUCUAGUAACAAUUUAAUGGGUGAAAUACCAAAGGAGGUAGGAUAUUUGCUUGGGUUAGUUUCUUUGAAUCUAUCAAGAAACAAUUUGAGUGGAGAAAUUCCUUCUCAGAUUGGGAAUUUAAGUUCCCUUGAAUCAGUUGACUUGUCAAGAAAUCACAUCUCUGGGAGAAUUCCUUCUUCUCUUUCUGAAAUUGAUUAUUUGGGAAAAUUAGACUUGUCACACAACUCUCUUUCUGGAAGAAUCCCAUCAGGAAGACAUUUUGAAACCUUUGAAGCCUCUAGUUUUGAAGGAAACAUUGAUCUUUGUGGCGAACAACUUAACAAAACUUGUCCUGGGGAUGGAGAUCAGACAACAGCAGAGCAUCAAGAACCACCAGUCAAAGGUGAUGAUUCAGUUUUCUAUGAGGGAUUAUACAUGAGCUUGGGGAUUGGAUACUUCACUGGAUUUUGGGGCUUAUUAGGGCCAUUACUACUGUGGCGUCCUUGGAGAAUUGCCUACAUCAGAUUUCUGAACAGGUUAACAGACUAUGUAUAUGUAUGGUUAUGGUGA